AUGGCAGCACCUAACCCCGCUCCACGUCCAGCGCGUCCCAUUCUGCGACAGUCUCUGUCGAGCAACUCUUUUAUUCAGGACCAUCAGCAAUACAAGCCCCCGGUUCCCGUGACCCAGAAUAUCGAGGAUGUCUUGGGAGUUUCGCGCGAGUCCCUCCUGGCCUCGCUGUCCAAUCUCCAUCUCAACUCCAUGAGCCCCGAUCCCGAGAAUGUCACUGAGAGCGGCAUCAUACAUACCAUCUUCAAUCAACAGACGAAUCCGCUAUCUACCGGAACCUCGAAGCUGGUCGCGACCCUCUUUUACAAAUCCGCCAACCCCGUCCAUCCUCACCUCCACCCUGAUUCAUCGCUAAAUGCGAAUAACCUCCCAUCUCCCACGGUCCCUGUGGGAUCGGCCCCGACGAUUGACAUGGAGAAGAUCCCGCGCGAACCUCCAGCGCCCGAGCCCGAACCGCUUGAUCAUCUCUAUGGCCCGUUUGUCUCUCAGUUGUGUUUAACCAACUUCCUUCAGAUCAUUGAAUCUCUAUCGACUCCUUACCAGCGCAUGAACACUUCUCAUCGUUGCUUGGAUAAGGAUGAUCAGCCGCGCGUUGUGGAGGUUACUCUUUCGCCGCCCCCUAACCCCGAGUAUCUCAGCUUUGGAGACCUCCGCAAACACGAGAGCAUCUGGCGGUUCGAGCGUGAAUGGAAUGUGGAGGUCGUCCUCCAGAAGGAGAGCGUCUUCCGUCGGCACAAGCGUCUUGUUGUCUUCGACAUGGACAGCACUCUUAUUCAGAAUGAAGUGAUCGACGAGAUCGCUAAGUUCAUUGGUGUCGAGAAGGAAGUUUCGGACAUUACGGAGCGGGCCAUGAAUGGAGAACUUGACUUCUCCGCAUCGCUUAGGGAACGAGUUGGUCUGCUGAAGGGCGUUCCGGCCGAUGUCUUUGAGAAAUUGAAGUCGGUUAUCACCAUUUCACCCGGCGCUCGCGAACUGUGCAGGGCUCUGAAGAAGCUAGGCUGCAAGCUCGCGGUUCUGAGUGGGGGUUUCCAACCUCUUGCAGAGUGGCUUGCUGAGCAGCUCGGCAUUGAUUAUGCAUUCGCCAAUCAUCUCGAAGUUGAUGCGGCAUCGCAAACUCUGACUGGCAAACUUGUUCCCACCUACCCCAUUAUUGAUGCGAGCAAGAAGCGCGAGCUCCUCAAGUCCCUUGCCGCAGACAACGGUAUCCCCAUCUCCCAAGUAGUUUCCGUCGGCGAUGGCGCCAACGACCUUCUCAUGCUCCACGCUGCUGGUCUGGGAGUUGCCUGGCGCGCCAAGACCAAGGUUCAGCUCGAGGCUCCCACUCGUCUGAAUGGCGAGAGCAUGGAUGACAUCCUUUAUCUCUUUGGUUUGACCCGGGAAGAUAUCAAGGAGCUGAUUGCCGAAGAUGCUUGA